AUGUUCAACAAAACGCGUUCCCAAACACCCGUGCGAUUUUCUUCACAAUCAUUCUCUUCAAACGAUGAAACGACACAGCAACCAUCCCACGUACAUAUACACGGAGUAGACAGACGAUUUAUCUCUCCACUGGUAGUCCCUACUCCACGUGGACUACAUGGACUGCAACUCAACAAGACUGUACCAGACAAUAACUCCUCUUUGAUGCUUGUUGUCGUCGAACAUAUAAUUCGUUGUAGUUUGCUCACAUUUAUUCGAUUUUAUCUAGGUCAAUUCAGUGGACAUACUCAAACCAUCAAGGAAGUGAUUAAGGGUCUUUAUUCGAACUUGUUCAUUUUGAAUUUUCAUUUUAGGUCACUCCACAUUGACGACGACGAAGAGUGGUCAUCGACAGAAAAUGAUUAUACAAUCGAUAUGUGA